AGAAGUUACUUCUUGUGGCAUUCGUCUAUGUUUCCUCACAUCGCCUAAACAUUCUCAAACCAAAUGAAAAUGUUUCUACUGAUGUUAGUAACAAUAUAUUUUGUGUAAUCUUUAUUGCUUUCCAUUCACUAGACCUUCUCCUUGUAAAGAAAGGAGAUAAAUUUUGUUGUCAACAUGGUUUUGUACAGAUUCUAUUAGCAAUGAUAAAUAAAUUUUGUUGACAUUAUGCUUCAAAUUCAGUGUUUUGGGUUCUCAAGCUUUCUAACUAGAUCAUUGUAUUAUUUUCAUAGUCUGCUCAGGUAAUUAAUGAUGCUUGCAGUUGGCAUGCACAGACUAUUAGAUUUCACAUAGUUAAAGUAACUAAGGAAAAAAAUGGGAAAUGUUCUAUUAUGCAGGAAGAAUAAUAGAACAGACUUUAUCUUCAUUGCAUCUUUUAUCUGCUGUCCUCUUGAUGCUUAUGUGAUCUGUUUCUACGGAAUGGUUAAUGUUGUUUGAUUUGUUAUCCUUUGCUUUUGGUUUAUUUGUUCUAUACAUUUUUAUUGGCUCUUAAACAUUUGUUUGGAGGAAGUAUUUUUUUCCUCAUGUGCUGUAGAUGAAGAACUAAAGAGAGGAGAAAAUAUGAUGUACUCAUUAGUUUUCACAAAAAUGUUUCUUGAAAAUUUCUCAGUUAUUAGGUCCAAGAAAUAAAAAAGCAGUCAGCAAUCAACUUAUGAAAGAUGUUCCUAACCUUUAUACACAGAAUAUUUUUUUGGCAGCAAAGCAGUGGAGCUCCUGUUUUCUGUUUCGAGUUUUAUAGCCAUGAUUUGAUUGGUUUUCAGCAAUCUCCAUCUAAGUGUUUGGAUAACUUCGAAGCUGCUUUCAAGAUCUCCAGAAAGACAUUCGAGUACAUAUGUUCACUUGUUAAAGAUGAUAUGAUGACAAAAUCUGCACAUUUUGUAUUUACAGAUGGUAAGCCAAUGUCUUUAUAUGAACAAGUAGCAGUGGCACUUAGAAGACUAGGAUCUGGUGAGUCACUGGUUACGAUUGGUGAUUCAUUUGGGGUAAACCAUUCAACUGUUUCACAAGUCACUUGGCGAUUUGUGGAAUCCAUGGAAGAAAGGGGUCUUCAUCAUCUGCAAUGGCCUUCAACAGAAGUGGAAAUGAAUGAAAUUAAAUCCAAAUUUGAGAAUAUACAAGGCCUCCCAAAUUGUUGUGGCGUAAUUGAUGUUACUCACAUUACAAUGUGUUUACCUGCAUCUGAACCUUCCUGCAAUGUGUGGCUUGAUCACAAGAAGAAUCAUAGCAUGGUCUUGCAAGCAAUAGUGGAUCCUGACAUGAGAUUCAGGGACAUAGUCACUGGCUGGCCGGGUAAAAUGCAAGACUGGUUGAUAUUUGAGAGCUCAAAUUUCAACAAACUUUGUGAAAAGGGUGAGAGAUUGAAUGGAAACAAAUUACAGCUCUACGAAGGAUCAGAAAUAAGAGAAUAUAUAAUUGGGGAUUCAGGCUAUCCUCUAUUGCCUUACCUUGUUGUCCCCUAUGAAGGGAAAGAACUCUCAGAACAAAAAGCACAAUUUAACAAACAGCAUUUGGCAACAAGGAUGGUGGCACAAAGAGCACUGGCAAGGUUGAAGGAGAUGUGGAAAAUCAUUCAUGGAAUGAUGUGGAGGCCCGACAAACAUCGUCUGCCAAGGAUUAUUCUGGUCUGCUGUGUUCUUCACAACAUUGUUAUUGAUUUGAAAGAUGAAUUGCAGGGUGAACUAUCUUUGUCUCAUGAUCAUGACUCAGGUUACCAUCAACUAGUUUGUGGAGCUGUUGAAGAGAAGGGACUUGCACUAAGAGACAGUUUGUCUCACUGCUUGAAUGGAAGAUUGUCAUCAUGAGUUAUUUGUGCAUGACUAGCUUUUGGUUGCUCAAUGAAUUUACUAAAAUAUGAAAGUUUCUAAGAAAACAUAUUGUAUGUUAUAGUUUCUCCUUCCCAAUUUGUAGACUGUAAAUAACUUGGAUGGUUGAUGCCAGGGUGAACAUUGCAAGGUUGCCAAAUUGUGAUUGAGGAUAAGGUGAGUGAGUGGUAAAUUCACAUCUGCAUUCUAAAUUGAGCAUAGUUCUUUUUACUAGAAUAAUAAAGGGAGUUGAUGUUUACUUUGCUA